CUCCGGGCUCCUUGGUUCACGCUACAUUCCUGUCAAACAGGUCUGUCAACUUGAACGAAGGAUACUGCUAUGCUACGUACGCUCGACAUAUUGAUUUAAAUCCAUUCAAUUGAAGAUCGAAUGCAAUGUGAAUCUACCAUAAAAAAUAAAGUUGAGAUGAGUUGUCAAGUUAGCAAGCCUGAAUGCUGCAACUUCUAACCACAAAUUUAAGUGCCAGUGCGAGCGGGCCGGCGUCGCCGGGCGAGGAUGCGGGAAGAUGGCGACGACGGAGUUAAAUCCGGCGAAGCGCGUCAACAUUUCACGCGGUGAUGAUUCGGCAGAGAAGGCGGACGAGUCACAUGCAACGGCGACGUCAUGCCGGCAGACCGAGUGCUAUCAAUUUCGCGCCAUUGAUUUACUGCACUAUGCAUUUUCAGUCAGUUUCUUUUUCGUGGACCUAGCAACAGACAGCAUUGUAUGUGUGGAAUACCUUUUGCAAGGCCACUCAUCAUGGGGAUGCUUUACAAUGGUUUUCAUCAUCUUACCCGCUUGUGUUACUCAACUAUUUAGUUUGAGAUGGCAUCGUAGUGAUGGUUCCUUGCAGACUGUUCAUUGGUUAUCACAUUUCUUACUUCUCGGCUUUUUGCACAGGUACUUGACCUUGUUUUAUGCUGCAAUGUAUUCUUUAAGAAAUAAGUCGAGCUUUAGCAGAGACAGAAAUUGGGUGUACCGGCAAGAAAGCGACAUAUGUAUGUUACAUUUGUUCCAAUCCUUUAUGGGAGCUGCUCCACAGUUGAUAUUGCAACUGUAUGUUAUCGCGAUGUUACAUCAUGCUCCACUUUGGACGAGUCUUUCCGCCGUAGCUUCUUUUUGUUCUCUGACAUGGGCUGUGAGUACAUAUAUGAGGGCAAUGCACAAUAUCAAUCGCGAACGCAACAACGCGACCUGGAUCGCACUCGCUCUUCAGACUUUUUGGCGCGGUGGUAUGCUGCUUUCCAGAAUCGGAGUCUUGGUGUUGGCGGCUGUUUUUUUGAAAGCUUGGUUCUUUUUGUUCCUAGGUUUGCAUUGGUUAUUCAUGACGAUUUGGGUGAUUCUGCAGAAGACUGAAUUUUGCCCGACCGUGUGGGAGGAGCGCAUCUACAACUGCAUCAUCGGACUGAUAUACUGCUUUGACUUCUUCAACUUGUGCGAGGGCAAGUCGCGUUACCGCGUGUUUGUUUUUUACUCGGUGUUCAUCGUGCAGAAUCUGAUCUUUUUGACCAUGUACGCGCUGCGUUUCCAAGGCACGAUCGCGGAUACUGUGAUGGUCACGAUAGCGAGUUUGAUAUGCAGCAGUAUGUUUAUUGGUCUGAUGAGCAUGCUGCUAUACUACGGCGAGUAUCAUCCGUCGAGAAUGGCAGCGAGAGCCUCGCGGAAUGUUAAUGAGCAUUCGGCAAAAGUUGACACUCCUAGAUCAUUCAAGCUAUUCCAUCGCGGCUCUCUUGCGUCGCUGCACCACUCUAUCGACAUCUCGCCGAGGAUUGAAAAGAUGGCCACUGAUAAGCAAUCCCUGCUCAGGAAUAUCGCGCAAAUGUCUGAUUGCACUGAGGAAGGUAUUAUCAAUCGCAACUACAGCUUGGAGAACAAAUCAAACGCGAGCAGCAGCGUGCGCAUCUCCACCGAGUGUGAGAGGCCGCACAGUCGCGUCGGUGCUGGUAAACAUAAGGAUGAGGUGUUGCUGAAAGACAAUUUGGACAACGCGCUCGUCGGCAGUGCGCCACUGAGUUGCCCGUAUCCCGGCUUAGCCGAUAUUGAUUCAUCCCGGAAACGUCGCGGCAUUUACGAACAUGAUAUCACGCCGCAAUUGGAUUGGUACGCACCGGACAUACUGAACAUCGACCUGGACCGGCUCGGCAAUCUCGAUCACGGUGAAUGGAACAACUCACUCUCGUUGGACACUUGCGGUAAAGUGAUCGAUGUGCUGGACAUUAUCAAGAAUAGAGGAAAGCUGACAACCCCAACGUCGCUAGAGAGUGGCAGAAUUUUCGACAUAGAGAAGCAGCAGCGGGACGAGACGAUGAGCUGCGUGACGUCGAUUCACGAUUAUGAGAACGUGUGUCCGCUGGGAAUUGCUCGGCCGCCGUGGUGUAUCCGCAGUUGGAAGGGCUACACGGACAUCGAGACGUAUAUUCAUGACGACAGCGUGGUGCGCGAUCGGCGACGCGACACUUUAACAAGCACAACUGGCACGACGUACAGCUCGGAAUAUUCCGACGGCAUAAUUUCGCGCGGAGCGUUGAAAGAACAGGAUGAUUACGCGGAUGCUUUGACUUACGAUUUGGUGGAAUCUAAGGAUGCUAAAGUGUCCUACAGCGACGAUUCGUUCUCUGCGUCCACUGUGGACGAUCGGAACGCCAAUUUGUUCGUUGCCAAGCCGGUGGUGAUCGACGACCGAGGCGGCAUGCUUGCGUUGGACACGAUACUGGAGGAGCGCGACGAUUCAGGAUCGUCGGACGAGUUUCAGCGCGGAAUGGAGCCACUACGCAACUCCGCGAGCACCCUGGUGAGUACAAUUGAUCAGAUUAGGCGGUACACAGCGGAAAAUUCACCGCGACACGUCUAUCACACUACCGGGGCUCAAUGGGAAGACCUGAAUCCGAAGAACUUGAUGGCACGAGCGCAUUUUGCCAAAGUUCUGUUUGACAACGAUCUUAGAAACGCCUCUGCGACGACCAGUCCGGCUGGUUUGACCGCGCAGGACGCCGAGAAGCGCGAGAUAGACGCGAUCCGGGAGGUUGUGCGGUGUUGCGCGAUAGAAUCUAUUAAGAAGACGCCGCUAAUAGAGGCCAUUCUGUCGGACUCGCCGAUCCUCGGCAGUAGAGCGAGCAAACUCGCAAGGCAGAUCACGUUCGCGGAUCGCAAGGACGACUUUGACGUGAACGAGAGCGACCUUUACGUGGAGAUGAGUCCCCUGGUAUCCGUUGAGAACGGUGAGAACUCGAGCCAAACCAAGCUCGUCGAUGCGAAAGCAGUCGAAACGGAGAUCACCAAGAGAAGUAAUCCACCCGCGAUAUCGAAGAAAUCACCGGACAAAGAGAACUUGGCGCCGAUUUUGCCGAGUAACAAUAGGCGGAUCAGCAAUAUGAGGUAUGAUAACAGUGAUAAUAACGACAGACGUGCUUGGACGAUCGAAAGAGACGAUAAGUAUGAUAGGUCUAUGUGCAAUGUGCGUUUUAAUUUGAAGGAGAAGAGACACUUGUUCCUAGAGCAGGUGCUCUCGCCGGUUCCAAAACUCUGGAACAAACUGGGGUCAUCUUCUACUGGAGGAGGACCAUCCUCUGACAAGGGUAAGGAAUGGCAAAUGGAGCUACUGAUGGAAAAAUUGCGCUCUAAGGCUUCCACGUUCAAGCCUUUGGUGGAAACUGCCAAAACCAUGCGUAUGGCCAUGUUGGACAAGCGAUUUGCAAUUGACAGCAUAGAGAAGAAUCAGUUGCAGAAAUGUUUGGACACUCUACAGCAUUCCAUCAAAGUUACUUCUUUCCAAUCCAUGGUAGAACGUCUGGAAAGCUUAGCGAGACAGUUAGGAUUAAAGUUUAUGAUGUCUGGCACAGAAAUAUUCAUAUCCUCUGAUAUGUUCUUCUUGGAAGUGCUAUUAGAGCCGUCAGGGCUUGUCAGAGAUGUUAAAAUCCAUCAUGAGGGAAAAAAUGAGCAACAAAGCUGUGAAGCGCUUGCAUCGGCCCUGUCGCGCGGAGACUUUAUUGAUUUCACCACGCAGCUGGAAGGAUUCGCAUCGAUUUAUCAGUUAAACGCUGAUAAGAAAGUCAAAUGCAAAGCAUUCUGCGCCCUGCAAUCACUCGAAGUUGACUUGGGUGUUCUCGCACAACUGCAAACAUUUAUGAAAGAACCAUUCAAUUUAGUUCACAAGAGUCCUGUUGGAAUUCUGGAAAGAAGAAGAGGCGGUCAUCCAAUGAAAUUAACAUAUUUUGUCUCGCCAUACGAUUUGAUAGAUGAGGAAAAUCGAACUUACGAUAUCUUGAAUCCCGACACCAUUAUUAAACGGAAGAUUGGCUAUUCGGUAACCGUUUGUAUGGAAGGCUCAACGGGUCACAAGCUGCCCACGUCCAAUAUUAUAACUGUAAAUAGGAGUCCUACGGGAAAGAGCACACCUUCAUAUGCUCCGCUGACUAGUACAAAUUCCUCCAUGUUGCCCGCCUGUUUCGUGCUGAAACUCGGCAAAAAGAUGCCGAUCUGCAUGGAAUUGAUGAGGAGAAUACAAAAAGUCACUGAACUCGAAUGCGGUGACGUCUCUGCGCCGCAUCCACUGCUUAGCUUGAUAAUACAGCAUGCGAGCGACGGCCAGCUGGACUGUCGCAACAACAGAGGCUUAUACGUGACUCUGCCGGAUCAGCAGCAUUGCUAUUUUAUGACUGAGAACAAGAACAUGGAAGGCGUUCUGGUAUGCAGUAUUCCAUUUACGCACCCCGCGCACGUACCGCAGAUACUGGUGUAUCUGCGGCAACAGGCAUUGUUCAACUGUCUGAUUGCAAGCUGCGUACGUCCAAUGGCGCGUCAGGAUCCGGAGCAUACCACUAUACUUGAGGUAAGCGCUCUGUCGUGGCAACACAUCAGCGUGAGCGUGGAACAUCCGUACGAAGAGACGAUGGUUACCGCGGAACUGGAUUUGACAGACAUAUCAGCGCUCAAGUGCCGAUUAUAUGGUAUGAGCGUAACGACAAGCGUGGAACAGACAUCGGAUCUCGGCGGCAGGAUUUUGCAACGCUGUCUCAGCAUACCGUUGACUCUGCGCACGUUGCUGAAGAUCUGGGAAGGCAAUUCUCUACCGGCGAUGAUGAACAAUUUGACCGGUAACGUUGGCGGUGGCGCCGGCAACGGAAACUAUAACCUCAAUCUGGGUGCGGGCGGUAAGGAUCAGACCGGACAAAACGGCACUGCAUCUGGCAUGCCGGACUUUACGAAUGGCGAGACGAAGGUGAAGCAGGAGCCCGGUUUGAAUAACGGUAGCAACGGGUGCAUGGGAGGCAGACAAACACAGCAGCAACAGCAGCAAUCGUCGUCGCAUCAGUUACAACAGCAGUCUUUUUUAGAUGCCGGAACGGAAAGUAGUAUCGGUUUUCCGUCGUAUUCCGGCCAAUCCGAUACGACGACUGUGGUGACGGGUGUUACGACAAACAGCACCGCCGCCUCCAUGCUGAACCCGUUGCAGCUUGGCGCGCUGCUAGGGCAGACGAAGAAUUCAUUGACAGGUAAUUCAAACUCGAACGAGCGUGGCAAAAAGACGCGCAAGAGAAAGACGGGCACGGCGGACGGUCUUUGGCGGAGUCCGAAGCGGAAAGGUGACAGUAGUGACACCGCGGAGAUUCUACUGGAGAGUUCGAGCUCAGAAAAUUCUACACCAUUGGGCACGCCCACGAGCGGCCGAGAGAAUCUCACAUCAGAGACGAGAACGUCAACACCGACCUCGGCUAUCAGUUUGGCGAGCGGCGUGGACUUUUCGAAUUUGGAUAGUGCGGAUAUUCUCGGAACGGAUAAGAGCGCCUCCGAUUAUGAUCUCGACAACUCGGAGAAAGACAGCGAGAUUAUGGAGGUGCAGCAUAGUGGUGCGGAACAGCAGUCGCAACAGCAACAACAGCCGCAACAGCCACAACAACAACAACAACAACAACAACAACAACAACAACAACAACAACAAGAUGUAGAGGAGUUGUUGAAAGUACGCGAGUCGUUGUCGACGCGUAAAUCAAAGAAGAGUCGCAGUGGCGGCGAUGAGAAGAAGUCGAGUCCAACGAACAUAUUUGUCGACGAGACCUCAACGUCCAGUAGUAGCAGCAAGAAUCUACCGGUGCCGCCGUCAGUAAGUAUUACGCCAAUCUCAUGCGGUAACUUGGAUCAAACGAGCACCGCCAACUAUAAUUCCGUUCUGACGGGCAUGGGUUUGGAAAGGAGGCCGGGCAUCGAAAUCAUACCCAUUGCUUCGUCGCCGUCGCAGACUAAUCUGCCAAGUUCAAUUACCAUCACACCGAUCACAGGGCCGGCGCCUUCGCCGAAGACCGGCGUUCUGACGAGCGCGACCGAGGAACGUCAGCGGAGCGAGCGAAAGAGCAGCUCUGGAAAGAGCAGCAGUAGCGGCGGUGGCGGUAGCAAGAACGGCUCCGAAGAUAACAACAAGAGCAGCAGUAAUAAGUUGGAGAAGCGGCGCAAGCGCAAACGAGAGGACGGGCCGAUGGGUCCACCGGACAAGGUUCCGCCCGGAGGUAAACAGCAGCAGCAAGACGCGCUCUCCAAGCCGGUGUCAGUGAGUAUCAAGCCGAGCACCGAGCAGUCGCCGCCGAGUCUGAGCUGCUCAUCGUCGCGGCCAACCUCACCCGCAGCUGUGCGAAAAUUCAGUCCAUCGCCGACGCACACGAGCACACUCGUCACACUUGUAGGCAAGUCCAGUCCAACCAUGAAAGCUACCCAAUCAGCGACAACGGUGACAACAUGCGGUAAACCGGUGCAGAGUCCGAAACACUCGCCUGUCUACGGCAGCAGUCCGAAACACAACGCACCGAAUGUGCCAGUGGUGCCAAUGUCGGUGCCAAUGUCGCUGUCUGUUUCCACAGUGCCCAACACGGUCGGCAGCAUACCAUCUGUGGCAGUCUCUGUGCCGGUACCAGUGCCGGCGAGCGCGAGUCCGAAGCACGGCAGCACCUCGUCGCCGAAACAUGGCAGCUCGGCCGCUAGCAGCGGCAAACCCAGCAUGUCUGCCCUGAAAUCGGCGGCGAAUUCGCCGUCCAGCAAGAGCGGCUCUGACGCAUCAGCGACUCCGUCCAAGAUCAAGUCGUCUUCCUCCUCCUCGAGCAAAGAUUCUUCCGGACGUGGGGACAAAGAAAGAAGAGCGUCGUCUGUCAGUUCCUCCAGCAGCUCGGCCGGCGGCCAUCAGAGCCCCAAGACUAAGUCAUCCUCCAGCGCCAAGCUAAAACAGUUGGAAAUAAUCUCCCCCAGUAGCAGUGAGGCCGUGCAAAUUUCCUUGCAGUCCUCCGGUAACAGUGGCGGCAGCACACCGCCUUCCGGUCAGGCCGACGCGGCCAGUAAAUCCGCGAUCGCGGCCCAGCAAGCGCAGGCGAGAAAUCGGAAAAGCUCUCUCAACGCGGUUAUCGAUAAGCUGAAGAAUGCUCAGCAUUGCACUGAGCCGGACGGUUGCGGUAAUGGUGGCAGCGGCGCAAAGAGCAGCAGCUCUUCCGGAGUCAGCGGUGCUGGCGGAAUCGGCAGCGGUGGAAGCGGCGGACAAAAGGAGAAGAGCAUCGGUAGCUCGUCAUCGUCAUCGUCGUCAUCGUCGUCGUCGUCGUCGUCGUCGUCGUCGUCGUCGUCGAGUGGGAACAAGAUUGUCGCAGAGGGAGGAAAGUCUUCGUGCAUCGCCAAAAAUUCAUCCGUAGAUACGAAGAAUCCCGCGUCCGAAUAUAUGGUGAAGCAUUCGGACGGUACAAAAAUCACCAUCAACAAAACACGUACUAAGGAUUCCAAGCAAUCGACAGCUAGUCUGAAGCUGUCGUCGUCUUCGUCAUCGGUAGUGAUAGCAGCCGCAUCGUCGUCUUCAAGCUCCUCGUCAUCCGCAGCGUCUUCCUCAUCAUCGUCGUCAUCGUCGUCAAGCAACAUGGUUGCCGGCAACAAUGGCUCGCCGAAAACUCACACCGGCCUGAAACCAGGCGUGAAUUCCGGACCGGCGUCCAAGAAACCACAAACACUACAGACUCCACAAAAAUUACUACCCGCGAAGAUGAUGCUCGCCGCCGGCGGAAUAAAGUCCGCUAUGUCUUCCUCGAGCGCGGCGAACACCAGUGCGGGAAUCGCGGGUACAACAUCAACCGGAGGUGUCGGCGGAAAUCCCCUGAAAAGCAGUUCGUCCUCCAAGUCCUCCGGUUCUCCGAAGACUAGCAGUGCCGGGGCGACUGAUCUGAGUCGCGGUCGCGAUAAGCCCAGGAUUCCGAAGUCCAGCGAAAAAGGAAUAUUUGCAUCAAAGGGUCUCGGCGAUGCCCGCAAAUCCAGCCCAUCCGCUCUGCGCGAGGAGAGCGACAGCGAGCGGGCGUUCAAGCUGUUGGCCGCGCAUGCGUCGAUUUCCAGCUUGCCACCGAGUUUACCGCCGCAGCUAGUGAUGGAAGGUCUGAAACAGCUCGACACCAAGUUUCAAAUACCAAAGCUGUCUGCUCGCGCAAAUGUUGCGGACGACAAGAACAAGUCGUCGGACAAGCUGCCGACGAUGUUGUCCGAUUCCGCGAAGCAAACUUUGGACGGUUUAAAGCAGGAAUCAAGCAAGCUCGCUAGUCUGUCCAGUGUCAGCGUGUCGGUAUCCAAGUCGUUGCCGGACGACCAAUCGAGGCGGGAUCACCCGCCGACGAAACUAGACAACUUGUCGAUCUCCACAUCCGCCUCCGGUGCGAUGACUCUGAAUCUUGUCGGCGAAAAUACUGGUGGUCUAAUGCUACCUCCGCAAUCGACCGCCGAUUCGGAUGUGCCUACGAAUCUCUGCAUACAACCGAUAGACAACGAGUCGUCCCGCGACUCUUGCAAGGAUCUGGGGAUGCGACAGACAUCGACCGGCCAGCAGUUUCUCGGUAAGAUCGACGACACAGGUGGCGGAAUUCUAUCCAAAGGCAACGUUUCCGAUCAAGUGUCGUCGUCCUCGAAGCCAUACACGCCGUUGACCAGUUCCGGUGCUUCGACGACACCGUCGAGCGGCGGCUCCAUUGUCGCCGAAAGUUUAAAUCUGAGCACUAAGCCGGCUGACCAGGCCGCUCUACAGGUCAAGUACAAUAAGAUUGUCGCCGAGGAAAGAACAACAACAGACAGCAACAGACGGCAGCAGCAGCAGCAGCAGCAGCAGCAGCAGCAGCAGCAGCAGCAGCAGUGCGGCGCACCGUCAUCCUCAUCUACAUCGUCGUCGUCGUCGUCGUCAUCAUCGUCGUCGUCAUCGUCGUCAUCGUCGUCGUCGUCGUCGAUUUUCUCAUCGCUGGGCGGCGUUACAACCACGUCCGACGCUAACUCGGGCAUCGUUGUGACGUCGUCUGAUGUGGGCGGCAACAGCGGCGAGCAAGAGGCAGCGGCUGCGGCGGAGCUGCUGCUGGACUUUACCGCGACAGGCAAGGAUUCCAUGGCAAAGAGUCACGGUUUGCCGACCUCUUUGGCACACCUGACGACGAUUCCAGAGCGCGCGAUGACGCAGGCGGCACCGGUGGUGCGUCGAAACACACCGCCACCACCACCACCUCCGCCGCCCCUUCCUACUCCAUUUCCGCCCGCUGCUAGUCCGUCCGUCAGCGUGCACAUUGUAAAGAGUCCGGCGCCGAGCCCUCGGGUCAUCCCGCCUUCCCCUCACUCUUCAGCGUCACCCUGCAUCACUGACGACGAGCUUAUGGACGAAGCGUUGGUCGGCAUGGGUAAAUGAAGAUUGCUUAAACUGUAAAGAAGAGAAUAUUCGCUUUUAUUCCUAGACGUUCCAGGACGUUUUAGGAUGAUCCACCGGCGACGGAACAGCCAAGUCAAAUUUCCAACUUUGAAAAUGUAAAACGAAGCCGAGGACACGACAUUUUUUAUCUUUACAUGUAGAGAAAUUAAUCAGGCAUUUUAUGGACCACCCCUAUAUGUUCUUGGCUAUAUCCUCGAUUGUAAACUUGAUGUCGACUCGUCAAAGCCUACCGAGAAUGAAGUAAUCUUUCUUGACGACCGCACAUCCGUCACGAUUCAAGAACGAAGACGUAUUUCAUUCUUCGCGUAUCGCUGAGGUGAUUAGAUCAUUUUCCGCCCCCACCACGGCCAGAGCUGUUUGGAUAGACAGGCUUUGCACUUGGACGACGAAUCCUAAAUCCGAAAAGAAUGCAAGAGUGUGUUCGGUAUUAUUUUCCGGACAACGACAAAUAUGAUCACGAAUCUCAACCGCAUGCGACGAUGAGCGGCGAAACGCACAUUUACACAGACUUCCGGCGUCGUGUGCAUUGAAUGUGCGCUUCAAGAUCGGUUGCACUAAAUGCACAGCUCUUCUACAGCUUGACAUCCGUGUGAGUGGAAUUACAAAGAUUCUUUAUUUCGUAAAGCGCUUAUACAUAGCGGGCGAAACUUGAGGUUCUGAAGAGAAAAAAAAGCCACAAUGGAGUUGCAGUAUUUUAAGCGAUUAUUGACAACGCAAUAUUGUUAUAAAAUAUCAAUGAAAUAUGCGUCAAACAUAUGUUAAAAAAGCGCACCGCACUAAUUUGCUGAUUCCCACCAUGUCUUACUAGUGCAACCGAAACGUGAGAUAUUACUGUGAUCGACCAGUCGAACUGAUUUGAGGCGUAGAACUUCGUAAAUCUUCAUUUCUUCCGCCCGCAACCCCGGCAUCCUUUCAUCAUCUUUCCUAUUUCGAUCCUGAAAGGAUAUCACGCUUCCAGGAUACUCAACGUGUCUCGACGUUAAACGGUCAUUAGCUUCUUGACUCGACGAUGACUCAGCAGUCCGUUUCAGAUCGGUAAGUUUUUCAACACUGCCAAACUGAUUAAUCCUUUUUAAUUUCUCUGUAAAAGAUAAUGCGAAAAAAGAAAGAGAAAUUUAUUGCAUGCAUUAUCCUUCUUUUUUUUAUAUAAAUUUUUUAAACGAUACGUUCGAGUGUACAUAUUAUGAGACAUUUUGCCUUUACAGACAGUUUACCGAGAGAUAUUUUGUGUUAAUUGUAUAAUACGUCGGUACGGACGGUUUUCUUUAAAAUUAUUACUAACGCGAGUAAAUAUGCCAGUUGCGGAAAAUACGCUUUUUACGUUAGAAAUGAGAGCGAUUGAGAAUGUUAAAAAGGCUGUGUUUCGUGAACGCGGAGAAAGAACGUGGAAAAAGUAUCCGCGUAUUGCGACAUGUUUUCCUUCCUCUGCUCCUCCCUUUGAAGUAUGCGUGCGAACGAGGUGCGUCGACUAUAUAAUUAGAUAGAGCGAGUUUUAAGGGCGCGUUCCAAAAUUUUGAUGUACAAGGAAUUUACAAAGCGAAUUUAGUUGGAAUUCAGAUAAUUAAGAGUAAAGAAGAGAUGAAGAAAAAUCGGAAUAAGAAAAUGAGAAUAUUUUUUAUCUGAGAUUAUUUAAACAC